AUAUUUGUAACAAUCCCACCCUCAUACCACAAUUACAAACGAUAUCUUUGUCGGAACCUUUGAUUUAGCUCGGCGAUCCUUUGGGAGUAAAAUCAAACAGCGUUCUGCAGAUGCCUCACCAUCAGCGGCAGCGUGACUCUACGGUCUCGCCCCCGAAAUCGAUACCUUUUGAGAAGUUGAGUAAUGUUAAGUUGGAUGAUGUGGGUGGACUUGACGAUUGCAAACAGUUAUUGAAGGAAGCUGCCAUAUGGCCCUAUAAGUAUCCUCAAUUUUUUACUGGUGACAAUGCGAGUCGAAGACCAUUGAGGACUGUAUUACUAUUUGGUCCACCUGGAACAGGGAAGACCCUUCUAGCAAAGGCAAUUGCAGCAGAAGCAGACUUUUAUUUCUCUAGAAUUUCUCCAUCAGACAUUGUGUCUGAAUGGAUGGGAAAGAGUGAACAGCAUGUCAAAGAUCUUUUUGAAGAGGCUCGUAAUAAAGCUCCCUCCAUUAUUUUUAUUGACGAAAUUGAUUCCUUAUGCGGCCCACGAGGUGGAAACGAUGAGAAUGAAGCAUCUCGACGAAUCAAAUCAGAACUUCUUGUACAUAUGCAGGAUGUCGAAGAUGUAUUCGACGUUGAGAAACAUGUUGUGAUUCUAGCAGCCACAAAUACUCCUUAUGCUUUGGAUCAGGCCCUAAGGAGGCGUUUUGAUAUGCGAAUCUAUAUCCCUCUCCCAGAUAAAGAGGCAAGGAAAGACAUAUUUAAGGUUCAGAUUGGGGAAACUCCUAGUAUGAUUGAUGAAAAUGGAUUAAAGAGUUUAGCUGAAGGGACAGAAGGUUUCUCUGGUUCAGAUAUAUCCUCUUACGUCAAAGAUGCACUAUAUGAGCCUGUUCGUGCAACUCUUAGGGCAAAUUUCUUCACUCAAAACAGAGCCAAGGUGUGGGUCCCUGACCAAGGUGCUGGUAAGCGAUUGCAGGAACUUACUGAAGAACAAAGUUUAAAGGUUACAGGUACAUACGUGCAAGUGCUUCACAGCUUCUAGAUUAGGUGUGAGUGAGUUUUGCCACUGUUCCCAAACUCACGUUUAAGUCUAGAGUCUAUUUUAGGGGUUUUGUCAUGGAAUAGCUAAAGGGGGAGAUUGUAAAGUUGUAAUUUACAACUAUCUGUUUUGUUGGCUUUAAUUCCAUGCCAAAUUUGAUUGUAAUUUUAUUCAAUCUUUUGCACCCUGUAUUUAUUGUGGGAUUUACUUGAAAGGAUUGUGUGUGAGAUAAAGAGAGUGUGAAGACUCAAACAAAUUGAAGACUAAAGAGUUUUCACAAGUAACUUGUGACUAAGCAUCCCGUGAAAUGAUGCAUGUGCCCUGCACAUGACUGGAAUGCGAAGAGUCAGGACAGGAUGGAGACAGUUGUGUUUCGCGAAUAGCUCGCGGGUAAGGCCUUCUCGCCAGACACUCGCGAAGCAUUCUAUUUUGCCAGAUUAUCCUAUUUGAUACACACUUUCUGU